AUGCAUUCCAUUAUCACGGAUUUAGAAAAUCGGCAACUCGUUAAAGACAUAGCGAACCGUAAAAAACUGAAAAAACUGACCAACAAAAUCGGUGUUUACGUCGGUUUUGACCCCAGCGCAAGCUCGCUUCACCUUGGCAACUAUCUCCAAAUCGCCCUGCUCCAACGUUUUAAACAAAAAGGUUUUGGUGCCUACGCCCUAGUCGGAGGAGCGACGGGCAUGAUCGGCGAUCCAUCGGGUAAAACUAGCGAACGAGCGCUUCUCAACGAAAAGCAAAUUUUGCUCAACAAACACAAAAUCAGCCAACAGUUAAAAAGUUUUGGUUUUAAGGUGGUGGACAACUACCACUUUUACCACGGAAUGGACGUUUUACAAUUUCUCAGAACGGUCGGCAAAAACGUCAACGUUAGUUACUUGCUGAGCAAAGAAUUCAUCAAAAAGCGAGUUAAGACUGGUCUUUCGUUCGCCGAGUUUGCCUACCAACUAAUCCAAGGUUGGGACUACAAAGUAAUGUACGAAAAAUUUAAUGUUCGAAUUCAACUCGGCGCUUCGGACCAGUGGGGAAACAUUACGACGGGGCUUGAGUUUAUCCGUAAACUGGUUGACGAGGAUCACCAAGCAAUCGGGAUUAUGACCGAAUUAAUUACCACUCCAACGGGUGAAAAAUUCGGUAAAAGCGAAGGUAACGCAAUUUGGCUCGACAAAAACUUAACUUCCCCGUACCAACUUUACCAGUACCUUUUUAACAGCGAGGACCAGGCCGUUGAAAAACUUUUGCUCUGACUAACAUUCCUAGACUUGAGAACGAUUAAAAGAGCGAUGGUAAGGCACGCUGCUCACAAACACAAGCGAAUCGCCCAAAAACUGCUGGCUUACGAAGUAACUAAGGAUGUUCACUCCAAAAAAGAGGCCGACCAGGCUCAAAAAAUUUCCAGCGUUCUUUUUGGCGAAGAGAAAAUUGAAACUUUGCAAACCGCCGAUCUUUUGAGUCUGCGCACUAGUCUCCCCACGGUCAAAUUUUCUAAGGGACUUUUAAUUGAAGCGCUGAUCAGCACCGGAGCCGCGCUUUCCAAACGCCAAGCGCGGGAGUUGAUCGCUGAAAAGGCGAUUGAGUUAAACGGCAAAGUGGUGAGCGACCCCAACCACUCGGUUAAACCGUCGCUCUUUAGCAAAAAAGUUAGCAUCAUCAAAAAAGGCAAACGCAACUUCUAUUUGCUAGAACACUAA